UACUAGUUUGCCUUUCAAAACAAUAUGGUCAAUUCUCAGACGUGGCUAGUUUUCCUCAUGUGAACUGCAUACUUCAGAUGUAGCUAUCUUAGAAAGCUGCUUGCUAGCUGAUUAACUUUCUUCUGAUCCGAGUUAACUAGUGAGUUGUAAAUUGUACGGAACUGUAUGGCUAGCUAGGCGCUGGACUUUUGCUAUCAAGAAAACCACAGAUAGCUACGAAAGUUGUACUUUGACUGGUAAACUCCGUUGUCUUGACAUGUCAAGCAACGCGAGGUAGCAUUGCAGAGAACGGCUCGACGUUGGACUAAGCCUACGUCAUCCCUGUGGACCUGUCUGUGUAGAUGAACCCAUGAGCCAGGUGUGUGUGAUGGGUUCCAGGCAGCCAGUUGCUAAUCUAAGGGACUAUGUUUCCCAGCACCCUCCUGGGGUCACCUUCUUCCUGUGUGUGCUGACCCUUGCCCUCACCUUCCUAAGCAUCGGGUUAUAUACGCACACACACCGCCUGCCCAACCCAGACACGCAGGACUGGAACCACUUCCUGUCAUCGUUGGCCCACCUCCAGUUGUGUGCAAGAGCCAAUGGUACAGCAAUGGAGACGGUUUCCUAUCCUCCAUUUGGGAAAGAGGAGGUAGGUGGAACAGCAUUGCUGAACUCCACCCAGAGUCCACCAUCCAUCACCCAGUUGUCCCUUUGGGUGCCACUGGCUGUGAUGGACAGCUCAGACAGCCAAUCCCUGAGCGACCUCUGCCUCCAUGCAACGUUAUUGGCCAGUCAGCUGGGCCUCACAGGUAACGAGGCUGUAAACGUGACACUGAUGUUCUCCUCUCCAUCUGUGGGGGGCAACUCACACGCCUGCCUUCGCGUCAGUGCACCUACACACAUCCUACCUCCAACCCUUGUCUUCAGUAUGUCCAGGCUGCCACCUGUGUGCCGCCGUGCCAAUGAAGGGACAUCCUCUCCUGUCAGAGCGAUUGCAAUGGAGAUAAGCAGCCAGAAGCCCUCGGCGUCACAGUCUUGCUACAGUCUACAGUACACACCUGAUCCUACACUCACCGCCAUGCUAACGCAGAAGGAGCUGGGUCUGGCGGGUAGGCAUCUGAUCCAGGUGAGUGUGUGUCUGCUGGGGGUGUGUGUGAUGCUCUGUUUCUCCGCCAGUCUCACACACUCACACGUACGCCACUACCACAGCAACAGCUUGGACCUGCAAAGGGAACCACUGAUUGACUCCUGAACCAGUCUCCACCACACCAUGCAGCUAGUACCCAGUAGAGAAGAAGAAAGAGGGAGGAUGGUUCGAUUAAAGGACUCUUUCUGAGAGUGCUGCUUCUGCUGUUGGGAUCAAAGUUUGAUGGAGCAUCUCAUUUCAAACUGCUUAGCUGCUGUUGUUGAUGUCAACCCAUGCCCUGUCCACAAACAUUGCCCUCUGAUAAGACUUUUGAGGUUCUACUCUGUCAUGUUAUGACUGCAGGGUGAUUGGGCACGUUAUUAAAUAUUUCAAUUUUAUUUCAA